AUGUGGAUCGCAAGCCCUUACCUGAUUGCUGGCAUUGCUGCUGUUGCCAACGCAAGAGUCAUUCCGAUUGUGAAUGGGUUCCUUGAAAAAAGGCAAUUUGGAUCUAUGAACAGUCAAAGCUCAUCCUCAUCGUACGGAUUCUCUACAAGCUCGGAAACUACAUCUGAUGGUCGGGUUUCCAGAACGACGGUCUAUGGCGGCACACCAUAUACAAUCACGCAGAGCAGCCAGUCCUCUCCCGCCAUGGCGCAAGGAGCAUCAGUUUCUUCAAUCCAGAUAGGUCAAAACCCGCCUCAACUAAUCCAAGAACCUUUCCCUGGACUCUCGAUUCCGUUUCAAACAGGCCAAUUUGCUAAUCGACCUCUGCAAUCUAUGGGAAUGCCGAUGCUACCUUCAGCCAUCUCGAUUCCGCCUUUAGUUCGGCUCCCCAACCAGCCUCUUGAAAAUUCAAACCAACUCCCCAAAUCUUCAAACCAACUUCCCCAGGCUGCUGAAGACACCGCACCAGUACCCCUAAAUCCCACCAAGCCAAACUCCAACAUCGUCGCUCAUCCUACCACUACCAAGGCCAACAACCAGCUUCCCCAGGCUGCUGAGGACACCGCACUAGUGCCCCUAAAUCCAACCAAGCCAAACUCCAACAUCGUCGCUCCUCCUACCACUACCAAGGCCAACAACCAACUUCCCCAGGCUGCUGAGGACACCGCACCAGUACCCCUAAAUCCAACUAAGCCAAACUCCAACAUCGUCGCUCAUCCUACCACUACCAAGGCCAACAACCAGCUUCCCCAGGUUGCUGAGGACACCGCACCAGUGCCCCUAAAUCCAACCAAGCCAAACUCCAACAUCGUCGCUCAUCCUGCCACUACUAAAGCCAACACCACGAAUGGCAGUCCAAUCCGCAAUUUCCCCGUCUUAGGAUUGCCCGUCGCCCCGCAACCCCAGGAGUUCAUCAUCAACAAACCCAUGACCGAAAAUAUCGGCCCAGAGCGAAACACGGGGUCUCCAGAGAGCAUCAAUCAUCCCACGAUAAUGCUGGCAGGAUCUCCGCCGAUGAAUCAUUUCGCCCUCAUUAAUCCCCCACCGACAGCAGCUCUUGUGAGUGGUGCAGGAAAUGCCCCUACCAACGAGGCUCGAUUGGAGACUGGCUUUAUCCCUAUCGUUAUCGAAUCGAUCACUGCAGACGGCCGGCCAUAUAGAAGUGAUGGUCUUCUCAAGAUCUCAAACAUCCAGCCCCUGAAAUCUUAA